AUGUCAAUCGAUAAAUCCAUAGCUUGCCUUAUUCCAAGUUCUUCUGCAAUUAUCUAUUUUCAGUACCAUUCAAUUUUAGCUGAAUUAAGCAAAACUCACAAACCUCAUCGUUACACUAUUGUCUUCUCUAAAACCGAAGUCCCAUACAUGGAAAUCAUACUCGAAGCCAACAUCUUUGUUAGCGUUCCUAAUUUUCAACAAAGCCCCUGCGCGUUUUCCCGAAUGCAUGGCUCCGUUGGGGUUCACCCAUUAGGAGAGGAUAUAUACUUAAACUUCCAACUUGAGAACGUAGGAAAUUUAAAUCAACAUACUACUCGAAUCGCAAAUCGUCAUCGCACCCACGCGGAAUUGCCUCAAGAAAGCUACGUAUUUCAUAGCUGCGUAGUAUCUGAUACUGAAACUGGAUCGACAUUCUCUCCAGCCCGUUUGCUCAGCGUUGUUAUCCUGAACAUUCAACGUGCUCAUCCUAUAGUUCAUGUCACAUCUAAAAUUAGGCAACAAAAAACUAUUCUCUUUCUGUGUACGUAG